CCUCGCAACUAUACACAAGGGGGGCCCCCAGGCACGGGCCCCAUGCUGCUUCGCCUGUUCUACGUAAUCACUGGGCUCAGCGGCCUGAUCUCGCUCUACUUCCUCAUCCGGGCUUUUAGACUCAAGAAGCCACAGCGAAGGCGGUAUGGGCUUCUGACCAACACAGAGGAGCAGGAAGAGAUGGCCUCUCUGGACAGCGAGGAAGAGACUGUCUUUGAAACCAGGAAUCUGAGAUGAUGUUGUGGUGGGGAUGGCAGGCGCAAGAACAAGAGAGAUGUGUUCUCUGGGCUCUGGUGUCAACAUUCCCGGAUGGAGCCUGCACAGCCCCUGGACACUACAUGGGCCAGGAUAGUGUGACCUGACCUCGCUGAGAACAGCCCACAGACUUGGUGCCCCCGAAGCUGGACCAGCAUGUGCUGGUCUGUCAUCCUGCCUCCCAUAGGAACAAGGCAGCCCUACAAGGCACGAUGGAGCAGAUGGACCUUGGGAUCUCGAUGUGUAUCUUCCUGCUGCCUUGGGGACAAUAAACGAAGCAGUGGCUUUGUAGCUGACCUGAAA